GACAGCUGCCAAGAUGGCCGCGUCCAUGCAGAGACUGGAAACCGACGGAAAUGUUUUGAGAAAAAGAAAGACAGACACAGCUAAACCGGCCACAAAACUCUCCGAAGAGAGUAGUGACACGAACGGCGAAGAAGUGCAGACUGUAGAUGGCAAACUGGGUGCUGUCACUUUGCAAACCGGGACGUUCUGGCUGACACGAAUAGUGCUGCUACGGUCCAUUGCUUUUAUUUACUUCGUGGCGUUCGGCGUGGCCUACAGCCAGAACAAGCAGCUGAUUGGACAGCGCGGGCUGACCCCCUGUGAGGACUACCUGCGGAGCGUGAAGCGCUAUGUGGGCGGGAAGAUCGACCUGUCGGCCCUGGCCUACGCCCCCACGCUGCUCUGGUUCCUGGACUGGACGGACAUGGACGCCAACCUGGACGGGAUAGCCCUGCUGGGCCUGCUGCUGUCCGGGGGGGUGCUGCUGGCCGGGAGGGCCAACAUGAUCAUCAUGGCCCUGCUCUGGGUGCUCUACCACUCCCUGAUCAGCGUGGGACAGAUCUGGUAUUCUUUUGGUUGGGAGAGCCAGCUUCUGGAGACGGGCUUUUUGGGAAUCUUCCUGUGCCCCCUGUGGAGCCUGUCGCAGGUGCCCCUCCGCUGCCCCCCGUCCCGGGUCACCAUCUGGCUGUUCCGAUGGCUCGUCGUGCGCAUCAUGCUGGGGGCGGGACUGAUCAAGAUCAGAGGAGACCGUUGCUGGAGAGACCUGACCUGCAUGGAUUAUCACUACGAGACCCAGCCUGUGCCCAAUCCCAUGUCGUACUACAUGCACCGGUCCCCCUGGUGGUUCCACCGCUUUGAGACGCUGUCCAACCACUUCAUCGAACUCAUCGCCCCCCUCCUGACCUUCCUGGGACGCCGCCUGUGCAUGGUCAACGGCGUGCUGCAGAUCCUCUUCCAGGUGACGCUGAUUGUGAGCGGGAACCUCAGCUUCCUGAACUGGCUGACGAUCGUGCCCUGUCUGGCCUGCUUCGAUGACGCGGCGCUGGGCUUCCUGUUCGGGUCAUCGGAGGGCGGGGCUAAGCAGGCCGUCAGCCGGAUCCAGAGCGACGAAGCUGCUGGGCGUACGCCAGCACCAACCAGAGGUAUGCUGGUGCGGCGAGCUGUUAGUGUGUCUCUGGCUGUCCUAAUUGGUUACCUGAGCGUUCCCGUGGUGAUGAACCUGCUCAGCUCCAGACAGGUGAUGAACACGUCCUUUGACCCUCUCCGCAUCGUCAACACCUACGGAGCCUUUGGCAGCAUCACUAAGGAGCGCACUGAGGUGGUGUUUCAGGGCACGCUCAGUAGUGACCCCGCUGACCCGGCGGCCUUGUGGGAGGAGUACGAGUUCAUGUGCAAACCGGGGGGCCUGCAUCGCCGGCCCUGCCUCAUCUCCCCCUACCACUACCGGCUGGACUGGCUCAUGUGGUUCGCUGCCUUCCAGACCUAUGAGCAGAAUGAGUGGGUGAUCCACAUCGCAGGCAGACUGCUGGCCAAUGACUCCUCCAUCCUCUCCCUCCUCCAGCACAACCCUUUCCAGGGCAGGGCGACGCCCAGGUGGGUUCGAGGAGAGCACUUCAGGUACCGGUUCAGUGAGCCGGGAGGGGCGAACGCGGCCCAGGGGAAAUGGUGGAUUCGGAAGCGCCUGGGGGCCUACUUCCCCCCCGUGGACCUGGCCGGCCUCAGGAAGUACUUCCAGUCUCGCAACUGGCCCCACCCAGACGUCCACUGAGGCCCCGCCCCCACGGAGCACACCUGGACACCUGAGACGCUGUGACCACUGUGGCCUUAAAGUCCUUUCCCUGCCCUUCCCCGCAGCCAUUAAUGUUCCCCUUUCAUAAUUAGAGGUGGCACCCCCAUUUCCUGAAUCUGCUCGAGAGUUCCUGUAUCUGUCCUGUAAUUUUUUAUUUAUUUUUUUUUUUGCCACUGAAGAUUGCCGUCCUUCUCUCUGCGUCUGUGAAAAGCUGAUUACAGAAAAAAAAAAGAAAAAACAGACCCGAUACAAAAUACUAAUUUGAGUCAUUUAGAAUCAGCGGCUGUGGCUUGGACCGACCUUGAGGCAGGUGAAUGUGUUUGUGCACUCUUGUCUCUGACUCGGUAGCUCUGGGGCGCGGAGUGUGUGGAGGCUGCCGCCCUCUCGGUACAGUGUGACAUCUUUGAUGGCAGUGGUGUUCCGUGUGCCAAUGGCACGGACGGGGGGGCGGAGCUGGAGGAACAGGGAAGCCGACGGGGUGCCCAAUCAGCACCACAGAUUCUGAAGAGGCACCAGAUCUUCAGUUCCACAUUCUUAAAAACCCUGUGCAAACGAAAUCAUCCUUUUUUAAGACGGAUGUAUACCAAGAACCAAAGGAAACAAAUACUGUGAUAGUGAGCAGAUUAAAAAAUAAUUUGUUAUUGAAA